GAUUGCAGUAUAUUGACAUAGCAACCAGGCGACAGAGCCGCUAAAAUUUUCAAUUCCGAGUAGUUUCUGCUUUAUCUUCCGAGUUAACAACACUUAGCUUUACUUUUCACUGCUGCUAUGAAUGCGGCAGUUGUAAAAAAGACCCAGGACACGCUGGGCAAAGUGAUAAAGAAACCGCCUCUCACGGAGAAACUGCUAAGCAAGCCGCCGUUUCGAUACCUGCACGACAUCUUCAGUGAGGUCAUCAGGACCACUGGUUUUAUGAAAGGCUUGUAUGAAGAGACUGAAAUGAAGUCUGAUAGUGUAAAGGAUAAGGAAUCUAAAAUGGUCUUCCUUCAGAAAGCAAUAGAUGUGGUGAUGCUGGUGAGUGGCGAACCCCUGGCAGCAAAGCCAGCACGCAUCGUCGCCGGCCAUGAACCUGAGAAAACCAAUGAGUUGCUGCAGGCCAUCGCCAAGUGCUGCCUCAACAAGAUGUCCAGUGAUGAUGCGGUUAAGCGAGUGCUCGCAGGAGAAAAGGUGGACAUCAAGACCAAGGCCAGCACCUCCAGGUCCCAGGACAAGGAGAACAGGGAGGGACGUGAACGUCAUCCAGAUAGAGAAGAAAAGAAAAAGAUUACAGAGCGCAGUGGCAGCCGCGACCAGAAGAACCCAGACCAGCCCAAAGAGCAGGAAAGUCGACGUAGAGAUGGAGAGAAAGAACACCACCGUGACAGGGAGCGCACCGACAAGCCCCACCACACUGAACAGGACCACCACGCCAAAGACAAGAGUCGAGACCGAGAGCGAGACAAGGAUAGAGACAAAGGACGAGUCAGGGACAGGGACAGGGAGAAGGACAGGGACAGGGAUCGAGAAAGGGAAAAAGACAAAGAGAGAGACAAAGACAGAGAAAGGACAAGAGAGAGAGAUUCUCACAGAGACCGAGAAAGAGACAAGGAAAAACGAAGAGAUAGAGACAAAGAGCGAGAGAAAGAGAGACACAAAGAUGCAGAUGAAAGACACAAAAAUGGAGAGAGUGGGAAUAACAAGGCGAGAGUAUCAGAGGAACCACAGCAAAAACCCAGCCCUGAAGAGCCUAGCAAAACAGCCAAAACUGUGCCAGCGUGUUGUGCCUUUUAUCCUUGCAAGGAACCAAACCCAGCUGAAGAGCCCACAGAGGCAGUUGAGAACCAGUCUGACAGUCCAGCUAGAAUACCUCGGCCUUCAUCUGCCAAAGGACAAAGGCGGAGACCCAAAAUUGGGGGUCAAGAUGAGUCUGACAGUGAGGGAGAUGGAGAUGCUCAGGUAGCCCAGAGACACGUCCCCCAGGAAAAUGGAGACACUGGAGGAUCCUCAAUGCCAUCUGACAUGACCUCCAGCAGCAGACGAAUAGCACGGCCAAGCAGUGCUCGCCCAGCACCUCCUCGAGUGAAGAGACAAGAAAGCUACAGUGAUGUGACCCCAGCUGAGAGGCUAUCUAGUGCCAAGCCCUCAGCACCUGUCAUCCUGGAUGGGAAGAGACUGUCUGAGGAUGAGGAGGAUGAAGAUGAGCAAUUUCUUGUGGAGGAGGCAGUCCCUCCACCCUCAGAAGCUCCAGAAAUAGAGGUGGAACCUGCACAAGUACUAGACACUGAAGAGAAACACGGUGGUCUUGUGAAAAAGAUCCUUGAGACCAAGAAAGACUAUGAGUUGUCACCAUCCUCUCCCAAAUCUAAAGAACAGAACUUGGUGUCCGAAGCAGCGAGGAAGAAGGAGCGAGACAUGGUAACGAGGGAGAUUGAGCGGCUUCGCUCGUCCAUUCAGAUGGUGUGCCGAAGUUCCCUACCUUUGGGUAAGAUCAUGGACUACAUCCAGGAAGACAUGGAUGCCAUGCAGGCUGAACUGAACACCUGGCGGAAAGAGAACAAGGAGCACGCACAGGCCCUGCUGCAGGAGCAGAGAGCGACAGACCAUGCAGUGGAGCCUCUUAAAGCAGAACUAGCUGAGCUGGAGCAGCUCAUCAAAGACCAGCAAGACAAGAUUUGUGCUGUCAGGUCCAACAUACUAAAGAAUGAAGAGAAGAUCCAAAAGAUGGUGACUGGAAUCAACUUUUCAUCCAGAACCUGAAUGACAAACAAGGUCUUCAAAGAAAAAACUCAAAAAAAUGCACUAAGUAUUUAGGCAUUCCGAGUUUCUCGUAUAGAAUAUUGGCAAAGCCUGUUGUCAUGGAGAUGAUAUGGGACGUGACCAAACACUGCACUUUUAGGCUUUUCUAUCAGAACAGGAGAUGGACCCAUAUGUUCUCCUGCACAUCAAAGGUGGGAAAUAUCUGUUAGAUAUUGGUAAAUAAAACAACUACUCAGUGGUUGAGAGGUCUGACACAAGUCACAAAUACUUGGAUGAUGGCUUUGAAAAAAACGGUGGUGGUGUUGCAGCUGAUGAGGCUGACAGAUGAAUGAAUAAAAUCAUCUUCCUGGGCCCUUGUUCUGUAACGGUGCCUUUCAGGAAUGAGCCAGUGCCCAGCUCAUGAUCUGGAUAUUAGAGUAGAUAGUUGUGUUUAAUGCUUGGUUAGCUACAUAUUCAGCAACGAUUAGACCACAUUUAAAAUGUAUUUCCUUCUUGUCUUAAUAACCAAAAAAAAAUUGUUUUAGGUUGUGACACAACCAGCAUUGUUUCCUUGUGAUGAGGAUGUGAAACUUGUAAAAGUACUGAGUCAUAAGCAGGCCUGCUUUCUGACAAUGCUUGUUUUACAUGAAGCUAAUUGCACCUGCUAUAAUGCUGUUGGACACAAAAAUAAUUAAACAAACUCAUGACAUGUUCAGCUGGAAAGAAAAGUUAAACUACAUUUCCUGCCUCUUUGCUACAGAAAACUAGGAUUUAAUUGAAGGGUCUUGGGGGGCCUAGUCGACUGAAAAGUGUGUUACAUGACUGUGGUAUCUUGGUUUAAAUUUGUCUUAGAACUUUUUUCACAUGCUGAUCUUUCCUCCUUCACAGUUAGUCUUUGAUACCUUAUUCACUCUUCCACUUUUUAAGCACUGCUGCACUUUGAGAAAUAUGAUUAGAGGAGAUUUUUUUAGAAAAUACUUUUUGACAACUAAACCGUGUUAGGAUUCUUCCUUCUCUCUCCUAUGACUAGCUUAUGAAAAUAUAAUAGACACACUAAUUUUAUGUACUUUCAGGGAAACCAUUCAAACAUAUAUUGUCCUUGCAGUGAGCAUGCAGGAAAGCCACCAUCUUGGACACCCUUCUUAUCUCUCUUUACUGUACAAUUUUCCAAACUGUUCCUGUAAGACAGGGGCAACGUUUGGUCAGAUGUAACUUUGUGAACUUUCUUUGUAAAUUUUGCAGUCUAACAGAAAUGUACGUUACACAUGUAGCUAAUACUAAAACAUGAAGCAAUACUAGACUGAUAAUUAGAGUAGGAGACUGGAUAGUAGAGAUGUGAGACUGAAGGUAGCCGCUUACAAACGUUUCCUCAAAUUUCUAGGAGUGUAAGUAUGUCAUUGUAUUCCAGGGCUAGAUUAAAUACAAAUAUUUCCUGGCAUAGUGGCCUAUGGCACCCUGAAUGAUGAAAAUGCAGUUACCAGAUUUAAGUAAUGUCAUUUUACACUGUCGUUGAUACUUGUAUACACGCAGUUGGUUUUACUGAACACUUGCCUCCCAGAAGACUUGGACUGACAGCGUUUACAGAAAACUUUUUUUUUAAUUUUAAAUGACACUUGCUGUGAACUCCUGGUUGGACUGGUGAAUGUAAUCUAUUAUUUUACUCAGUUUUGUUUCCAUAAAAACCAAUGAUUGCAGCUGUAACAGAGCAAGUUCCAUGAUUUCAUGUGUGAAUGUGAUGACCGUACAUGCUUCACCAUGACUGCUUUAUCUUUUCUACCAUAGAUUAUACCUUCAAAUGUUUUUCUACCCAGACUGGGGUUUCCACUCCAACUGCGUUGUCAGACCACUGGCUUACUAAAGGUUCAGUUGUGCUACAAACAUGAAGAAAUUCUCUGAUGCUACUAAUCGCAUAGCCUGGUCUAACUGAAGAAUUGUGUGGGCAGUAUAAACUCUAAAUGUUUCUGAAAUUGUUUGUACGGCAGAAAUGUUUAGCUUCUAACAGGCCAAUUUUGUGAGUUUAGGUGCAUUCAUGGGCAUUAAUGGCUAUAAGAAAAACUAUUUUUACUAAUGUCUUUAAAAAGGAGCACAGUGCUCUAAGAGCUAUUUAUUAUAGGGAUUCAGUAUUCAACACAUACUAUCAUUUAUUCUAAUUUCACUCCAUUUUCAUAUCAGUAUUAUGUUUAGUCAAGCAUCGAUGGGAAAUCGUAAUCAACUGAAAAAUUUAAUUUCAAAAGCAAAACUGGAAAAAUGAAAACCUGCAUGCUCAUAUGUUGAAAAGGGCCAUUUAAACUGUACAUUAUUUGUAUCAUGUCCUCAGUUUGUAUAUAUAUGUGAAAACUGUAUCAUAGUUCAAAUAGUUAUAUAAUUUUGUAGUGGAGUGAAAUAAAUGGUCAGAUUUCAA